AUGUCGACCUCGGCCAUCCCUCGGACCGACACCAUGACGUCCACCGCUCCCACAUCCUCUUCGACCCCAAACGUUCUCUCUCCCACCCCAACUAUCAACGGAGAUGUCGACAACACCUACGACAAGGUCGAGCCUUCCCCCACUACGGAUGGCGCAAGAGACCCAGCCCAGAAGGUCAUCAUGAGCCAGAAGAAGAAGUGGUUCCUCUUGGGCGUCUUCUCUUUGGCCUUCUUCAUUGAUAUCUGGUCAUACAGUGCCUUCUUCAUCUUCACAGGCCCAAUAUCCAACGACCUGUCCGUCGACUUUGCGCAGCAGUCCUGGGUAAUCACCUCCUACGCCGUCACCUUCAGCGCCUUCCUCCUCCUCUGGGGACGCGUAUCGGACCUCUUCUCGGCCAAGCCCGUAUUUGCGUUCGGCUUCAUCGCCCUCGGUGUCCUCAACCUCGUCAUAUCCUUCCUGCCCGACAAGUACUCCUUCUUCGUCCUGCGGGCCGUCAGCGGUAUCGCCGGUGCUGCGCUCAUCCCGGCCGCUUUCCGGCUCAUCGUGGCGGUCUUUGAGCCCCAUGAGCUCGGUAAGGCCUUCACCAUCUACGGCAUGUCCGGCGCGGUCGCCAAUACUACGGGUAUCAUCGUCGCCGGGUUUGUCGAGUACAUUCCAAACAAGGGGCAGAUGGUAGCGUGGCGGUGGUUCUUCAGGAUCCUGGCAGCUGUCAUUCUCCCCUUCGCUCUCGGCUCCUUGUACUGGAUUCCAGCUCCCGCACCUCGCACAACCCCCCUCAACAAUGUAUGGAAACGUCUCGACCUCGUCGGAUCCCUCUCCAUGCUCUUCGGUAUCAUCCUCCUCAUCCUCGGUCUGACCCUCGGCGCAUCGGACGGCUGGCGGACUCCCGGCUUCCUCGUACCCUUCCUGCUCUCUUUCGUCCUCUUCCCCUUCUUCUUCAUCUGGGAGAGCCGCAUCCCCGCCGAGUACGCCCUCCUCCCACCGGCCACAUGGCGCAUCCCCAACUUUGCCAUCCUCAUCGCGUUCGCGCUCUACAUUUACGCAUGGUGGUCCCUCAACUUCCUGCCCUUCAUCGAGACCUUUGUCCGCGUACACGGCGAUAUCGCCAUCAUCGCCGCCGUCCGCAUGUUGCCUCAAGGUAUUGCCGCUGGGGCCAUCACCAUCUUCCUCACCCUCUACCCGCAAUACGUCGCCCGCCCCCGCUGGCCCAUCGUCAUCGGUAUGGUCGCCGGUCUGGUCGGCUACGUCCUCUUCAUCUUCUCGGAAGGGAUGGUAGGAGAUCACUACUGGAAGUUCAUCUUCACCGGCUCCGUCAUCGGCUCGGCUGGAACCAUGCUCGUCUUUACGGCUACCAAUGUCGGUGUCAUGACUUCGGUCCCGCCCGAGAUGGCCGGCGUGGCGGGCGCGGUGCUUCAGGUGGCAUUGCAGGUCGGAUCGGCGGUGGCGCUGAGUAUCCAGGCGGGAUUGCUCACCAUCGAACCGGGAAACCUGACCAACUGGGUCAAUGUCCGGAUCUCGUACAUCUUUGUGCUGGGCUGGGGAGUGAUCUGGUUGGUGGGGUUCCUGGUUUUCUACAAGCCGGGGAGGAAGCUCAGUAAGGAGGAGCAGGCGGAGCAGGGCGAGAGGGUCGUGGCCCACAUGUAG